AUGGAGGGCAGCUGUUUUCCUGGAGGCACCGCGGCCGUUCCAGCUGUGGCCACCAUCUCCAUAUGCUCAAAUGACAGCAGCUUCCGAAACAGUAUCUAUUUGCCUAGUUCCUGCCAGAGCAGAACGUGGCAACUGGUCACAUGCCAAGAAAACUGUCAGCCAUCCAGCACUGCCGCAAGUGGUUGUGAACGUGUUUCUUGCCAACCUACCUGCCUUCCAGCAACUUCUUGUGUGGGUUUUGUUUGCCAACCCAUUUGCUCCUGCGCAGUGUGCUAUGAAUAUCGCACUGGUCAGUCUCCUUGUCUGGUUAGCUCAAGCCAGCCCUCCUGCUCAGAGUCCACCCGUUAUCAGGUAAAGUGCUGUGAACCCAGCCCCUGCCAACAAGGCUCCUGCCAGGAACAUGUCUACACGUCCGGAUUGUGCCAGGCAGCUUGUGGCCAAUCAGUCUGCUGUGACAGUAAGUCCUGCCAUCCAUCCUGCUCUGCUGAGGUAACUUCCUGUCCUGAAACAUCUUGCCCACCAACCAUCUGUGCGGCUAGUCCAUGCCAGCCAACUUGCUGCCAAGCAGGUUCAUGUCAACCCGUUGGUGGUGAAGAUCAGCCUUGCAAAUCAAUUUAUUACCAACCUAUCUGCUAUGUUUUCAAGUCUUGCCACUCAGUUCCCUGCCAGCCAUCGACUUGUGUGUUCAGUUCUUGCAACCCUACUUACUGCGUGUCCUCCCUUUGCUGGCCACUUUACUGCGUACCAGCUCCUUCCAUAUCCUUCUUCUGCCAGCCAGUGGAUAACUGCCAGCCCCCUUGUUCUGUAAAGAACUCUUGUAAGCCAGCCUCCUGUGGAACCAUGCUUUCUGGCCAACCAACUUGUGGUGGACCCACUUCCUGCAACCAAAGUGGCUGCAGAUCCCCUUCCUGCCAACCAGCUUGCUGUGUGACAGGUUUAGGCAAUUUGUCCAGUAGUGGCUCCAAUUGCUUCCAACCAACUCCCUCAAGUCUCUGCAAAGCCUGCACCUGCUUGCCGACUUCCUAG